AUGCCUUUCGGCCACAGUCCACGCGCGAACGAUGAGGUCGCCGCCGUCGGCAAGGGCCGCUUCUUCCCAAGCGGUCCCGGGGCCACCUCGGCGCGGCUGGGCCAGCAGGGCCCCCUCACGGCCAUCAGAGGUUUUUUUCAGAGUGUCCAGCUCGCCGCCGGCAGGACCUUGCUGAACGUCAACCUCACUCACGGCGUCUUCAAGACCGAUGUCCUUGUCAGCGACCUUUGCAGGUGGUCUGGCGUCGACAAGUUCGGCACCGACAACAUCAACGCGCAGGACAUCGUUCAUAUGAGAUUGCGUGGCUUAUCCAAGUUCCUCGCCAAGACCCGCGUGACUAUCCGGUUUCGCACCGCCGACGACAAGGACGUCACUGCCAAGAAAGCCAUCCACGGGCUUGCGUGCAGUCGAGACGUUAACCGCACCGUCGUCUUCUCCCACAGCUUCGUCUACGGCGGCCCGCAGGAGGUCCGUUUCCAGCUGAAUUCCGUAGAGGGCCAAACCAAGGUCCUUGGCAACAAGCCGCCUGGUCUCUACUCCGUCGCAGAAUACUGGCAAUGGAUGUACGGACAGGCUCCGGACAAGACCCUGCCCUUGGUCAUCUUCGGCACGCCUUCCAAGCCCAUGUUCUUCCCAGCCGAGCGGCGCACCAUCACCGCCGGCCAGGCUGUCCGUUCCAAGCUCUCCGGAGACGGGACCACGGCGAUGCUCGACUUUGCCUGCUGCUCUCCCUUUGCCAACGCCGUCUCCAUCGAGCGCGAAAGCGCAGCGGCUCUGGGCCUUGACGAGCCGAUACUGAAGGACUUCGGCAUCACGGUGGACAAGAGGCUGUUAAUUGUCGUCGCCCGCGAGCUUCCAGCACCCGUCGUAACCGGCUCGUGGAAUUUGGGCGGUGUCCAGUUUGCCAAGCAAGGUCCAAGGAUUACCAACUGGAACUGGGUGCGCAUUACGGAAGGCCCGAAUCCCAAAGAGUCUACCAAAGAAGUCGGAAAGUCUGUUCAGAAGUUUGUCGAGUUCCUCAAUGAAAGUGGAGUUGCUGUCGACACACAGGUUCCGAACACCGCUCACCAGAUCACCGUCCACCGCCCCACCGCCAACGAGGACAUCAGGAGAGCAUUCGCAGCCAUAGCAGACUACACCACCAAGGCGAAGGGCACCACCAAAGGCUUCUUCUUGUUCGUCAUCCUACCCAGACAGGAGACCACGCUCUACGGUGCCGUCAAGUCUCUCGCCUACGUCCACUUCGGUUUCCACACCAUAUGCUCCGUGGAGAGAAAGUUCCUCCAGAACAACACCCAGAUUUUUGCUAAUAUCGGUCUCAAGUGGAACCUCAAGAACGGCGGAAACAACCACGCCGUCGAGGACACCAACGAUAUUGUCACCUCGGGCAAGGCCAUGAUAGUCGGAUACGAUGUCACGCAUCCUACCAACAUGCCCAACGACAGGAGCACAGCGCCCAGUCUCGUCGGGAUGGUUGCCAGCGUCGACAGAGACCUCGGACAGUGGCCUGCCGUCGCGUGGGAGCAGCCUUUUCGCCAGGAGAUGCUCGAAAACGAACUGACGGAGCAUUUCAAGUCUCGUCUGGUGCUGUGGCGUCAGCGCAACGAGAACACGCUCCCCGAGUUCAUCAUCAUUUACCGCGAUGGCGUCUCAGAAAGCCAGUUCACCCAAGUCCUCGAGAUCGAGCUCCCCAUGGUCCGUAAGGCGUGUGACCAGCUCUAUCCGCCCAGGCAGCGCCCGAAGCUAACCGUCAUCGUGUCGGUCAAGCGUCAUCAGACGCGCUUUUACCCUGCAUCUGAACAGAACAUGGACCCGAAGUCGCGCAACAUCAACGCCCCCGCCGCGGAUCAGCUGGAGAAGCUCACUUACAACACGUGCUACCUGUUCGGCCCCGCCACCAAGGCGAUCAGCAUUUGCCUGCCGGCGUAA